AUGGCUCUUUUGCUGCUGCUUUCACUCGUUCCGGUGCUCAAUGGAGAACCUCUCGAUGAUCUUUUCCGUCCUGAAAGAUCGCGGCUUCUUAACACAGACAUAUCAAGCAACUCCACGACCUCCCAACUCAGCACGACCAUUCCAGGCCUACUGAGACCGCAAGCCCGAGACGCCGCCCAUCCACCCCUUGCACGACAAGAAAAAGCAUGCGCGUACCCAGUGCCUUGUCAAGGAAAUACUUGGUGUUGUCCCGCAGGAAGCCAAUGUUGCUCGACCUUCCUCGACUGCUGCCCGACCAACUCAAACUGCCGCUCUGACCGCCCCGGCUACUGUUGCCCUAAAUCCGCGCAAACCUGUGGGGGAAAGUUUUGCGCGCCACCCGGCUCAGUCUGCUGUGGGACGUCUUAUGUUUGCCCCCAAGGACAACAAUGUAACACGAACGGCGGCGGGAAACAGUGUUGUGAGGCGGGGGAAUUACAUUGUAAUGAUGCUUGCUGUCCGUCAGGCUCUACUUGUGCGUCCAUUCCAGGGUACUGCUCAUCCAUUCGCACGACAACACAAACGCGGACUACGACAUCCACAUCUACUUUCCGAUCUACUGGGACAAUCACCACUGCUUCUGGCUUGCCCUCGACCACGGGCUGCUCCCCUGCUUCCAAUGCUGCGCGCCUUCUUGAAGCCCGUCAACGACCUUUCCCCGACUUUUGCACUCGAUUGUGUAAUGUUGCUUCCCGUCAAGAACUGCCCGUUUGGGAGCUUGAUUCGGUGGUGGGCGAGACGGACCAGCUGGUCUAUAGCAUGUGUUAUGGAAUCGUGACAAGACAGCGGGCUGGGCUGAUACAGAACGGGUUGGCUGACGGCGAGGAUGUGUUGGAGUAUAACGGGAAGGGCGUGAGGAACGAGGCGGACUGUGCAGGCUAUUGUCAAGAUGUCUCCGCCGCCAGUGGUCUUGGGGUCGGUUCAUUCCAAUGUGACGAAUACCCCCCAGCGACACUGAAUCCUGUCAGCGGCCUCCAAACGCGCUGGUGCGUUCCGCGGUAUCAGAACUCCGGCACUCAGGGCCCAAUGCUCUCAAAAUUCCUGAGGAAAUGCGGCGUCAACGCGAAAGACAAGGUGCUCGUCAAGAUCAAAGGCGGCUGCAACAAGUAUAACUUCCCGCGGGAAUUACCCGUCAACGCCCCUGCCCCGCGAGCGGACUCUUUCGACCCAGCAAUAACUGAAACCCCGGCUGCCGCCAGCCCAAGUUUGGAGCGCCGCAAGAGCACAACCGUCAAACUGGACGCAUCCAACGCGACCCUUCGGAACCCUUACGGGGACUCGUCUCUUACCUAUGUUGCUGUGGAGAUUGACGAGCUCGCGGACGGAGACUACACCUUCGAGGUCUCGCUCUCAGGGGGCAGCUCAAUCGACAACGUCACCAUACUGAAUAAAUAUGGGGAAACCUACGCAAACCUCGAUUCCCCUGGGGCAACUGCCAAGUUAUCGUUCACGAUAAACGACGGAUCGAAUCUACCGGCGGCGUUGAUUGCGUGGACGACCCAGGCGGUGAAUGUGACUUAUACGGGCAGUGGGACAUUGUCGAAUAGUACAAGCGGGAAUGCAAUUGAAGGGGCUUCGGGCUCAUGGUGGAUGUUGCCUCUCUUACUCUCUGGUGCUUUCCUUUUGUAA